CUCGCGCCUAUCAAGCCUAUCGGUUUUGCCGCUUCUCGUGAAGCUCGGGGACGUGACGACGGCGGCGACCCCCCUGUCCCAUCCCCAGUGGUUCUUGGCUUCGACUUUAAGAGCAUCGACGGAGAUCAGUUGAAGACUGUUCGCGACACGAUCAGCAUCAAGGAGCAGCAGCAAGCAUUGAUCGCCCAGAGGCGCAAGGAGAUGGCAGCGAGCCAGCCUUCGACGCCACGCGAAUUGACAUUCAAAGGUUGGACCCCAAAGGAUCCUGAGAAGCGCGGCGUUGGAGCACGCCGUGAGAAGACGCGCGAUAAAGUUGAAAGGAUGAGCAUUGUCACCUCUGCAAGUGACAAGGACGUUGUCCCCGGAUCAAAGAGUGCCCCGCUCAACCAGGGUUUGGCGUCGCAGCAGCAAUCGCCUAGGGAUCCGCCCUCUGGAUCGCAGACGGCGAUGCCUCAACACAUCUUACCGCCCAUGCACUACCCCGGCCAUCCUCACUCGGCUCACUAUAUCCCAGAUCCACGUACUGCGCCCCUCUCCCACACACGUUCUGGGCGGCCAGAGGAGAGCAAUUUUGCUCGCCAGCAGCAGCCGUACCACCAGAGUCAGGCGCAGCAGCAGCAGCAGCAGCAGCAGCAGUUGCACCGUUCGAGCGUGUCGGGUCAGCCAUCCGCCAGCAGUGCGUCGCGUCGUGACAUGCGCUACCCACCAGAGCUUGGUGCGCGUCCCCCACAGCAGCAGCAGCAACAGCAACCCCAACAGCCGAACACUGCUGAUCGCCGCAACUUCUCCAUCCCCUCUUUACACACUGGUGCUUCCCACUACCCACCUUCUCCUCAUGGUGCUACACACCCGAUUGGCCCGGGGCCGCCCUCUGCGGCAAUGCGCAACGGCGCGGUUCAUCGCCAGAAUGGCGGGUAUUCCAUCAGCCCCUCGCCGACAAACCACGCGCGUGAGCAGUUCCUCGGCCCCUUCAACCAGAUGUACGACCUCCUGUCCAGCAUCGAGCAGCAGCGUUUCCAGAUGCAGGAGGUACUGCACCGCUCCGAGCAAGCGUACACGAACCAGAUGGCGCAGUCGAGCGAGUUCAAGGCCACGGCGAACAGAGCGUCGAGCUUGCUACGGACGCUGCAGGAGAGUGCCGACUCGCUCAAGGAGAUGGUGCGGUACGAGGUGGACCGCGCGGUCGCGGCGGACCGCCGUGAAGUUGAUGAGCUGCGCGAGCGCAUGCGCGCGCUCGAGGAACGCCUCGCGCACAAGUAG